AUGCCACCCCAAAGCAGAGGUGGCUCGCCUGCUCUAGGCCCUCGUCCGUUCUCGAAAUCGGAAUCACUCCCUCCCACCCUGCGGCCGUACCUGGAAAACCUACCUUCUCCAACAGCGUUAAUUCCCAGCGAUCAACGCACUCCUACAGGACCUCGUAUGAUCAUCCCGGAACGUGAUUUUUCGACGCCAACACCAAGCCCUCAGAGGUCUCGGGCCGCAACCGCAUUCGAGCUCGGUGGCGAAGAUAAGGAGGGGAGCGAAGACGAAGACAAUGAUGUGUGUGGCCCUAGCGGAAGAACUUCACCCUUGGAAGAGAGUAGAGCCGAACAAGACGGUUCGGAGCUUGAUGUGGCAGGGGUGACAUUAGACGACGAUGAUUUCGAGUCUCACUACUCUCGUCAGGAGACUUCGGAAUCAGAAGAUGAAGAAGACGAAGGAGAAGUCUUCUCUGAAGAGACCUUGGACACAGAAGUCUCACAACAGGCUCAUGACGGUGCUACCGGGCCAGGAGCGCAUUUACCAUCGGCGUCAGAGAGACCAGAAUCAUUAUCUCGGGUGCGUUCAUUGCCCGCUCGACCCACGCUUUCACAGACCUCAGUGCAUUCUCAACCACAGCACCAAGGAGACGGAUUACACACCUCGCAGUCAACAACAGCUCUUCCGCCUCCACCACCUCCUCCGCUCUACCCUCCAUUCUAUAAUCGUCCGCCAACUCCCCUACCGCCUUCGCCCAGCCUAACUUCUCUGCUCCGUCCUCCCUCUUUGCUCAAUCGCUCAACUGCCUCAACUCGGCCAACCACACCUGACAGUUCCGACGUGGAGACCCCAAACGAUACUGAAGCAGCCGUGGCACACUCAGCUCGGCGCGCACACCCAGUUCCGCCAACAUCACCCAAAGUCCCGACGUACGAGUACUAUGGCUUUGUCUUGUACUUGGCUUCGACGCUCGCCUUUCUAAUCUACAUUCUCUGGUCGUAUCUGCCGUCUCCUUUCCUCCACGCUCUAGGGAUCACCUAUUAUCCGAAUAGAUGGUGGUCUCUCGCCAUACCUGCCUGGAUUGUCAUGCUUCUUAUCUUCAUCUAUGUUGCACUCUUGAGUUACAACGUCGAAUAUCUCACUCUCCCGUUGACGAGCCUAGAAUGCAUGGUCGAUGCCGCUACAAAUGUUGCUGUCCUCGAUGAAUCCGGGCGAAUUAGAAAAGGGGGGAGUAAAAGACUGGUGAAGGAGCUAGAAGAGCGGGUCAGGCUUGAACGAGAUAUGGAAAGCGCAAGGGUAAAGAGUGGGAGAGGGAAGAAAUCUUCCAAAACUGGAGUUGAUGGGGCUCAUCGAUCAAAGGAGAAAGGAAAGCGAAAGUCCUCCCGAGCCAAUAUCGAACAUUCAUCACCAUCAGACAUUCGAGCAUGGGACUACCAAUUUUCGCGGACUUCUCGCUCCGCACCGUUUCCUCUUUUUGAGGGCCGAUACGCAGCUUAUGCUUCUAGUCAUCCUUCGGUUUAUCCUUUCGUCCCGACAACUGCGCCUUCGGUUCGAACCCAACACGUUUAUGGUACGCAAGAGGCCUACGCAACGCACCCAAAUUGGAAGCUUGCUUGGAACGAAGGAACGGAUGCGGUUAUGGAUGUGCCCAUUGGUGGUGUGUGUGAGGUCCUGUAUGGCUAA